AUGUACUACAUUGACGACUUGCACCGCAAAUAUGGCGGAGUAGUACGCAUCACUCCGAGAGAGGUUGCCAUUGCAGACAUGACUGGUGUAACGCAAAUUCACAAGAUUGGAUCUGGCUUCACGAAAUCCUCCUUCUACGACAUGUUCAAUCCUACUGUUACUGGCUCCCAAUCUCUGGGUCUCUUUGCUAUGCGAGAUCCACAUGGCCAUGGUGUCCGUCGAAAAUUCUUCGCUCGACCUUUUAGCAACUCUAGCAUCAAACAACAAUGGGGUGCUCAGGUCGUGCGAAAAGCAGAGCUGGCUGUGACAAGAAUGAAGGAAGAAGCUAUUCGCGCGCAAAACGGCGCAGAUAUUUUCAAGUGGUGGACGCUCAUGGCUACGGACGUGAUUGCUCACAUCAGCUUUGGGGAGAGCUUUCAUGUGAUUGAAACGGGAACGGCAACUCCGUACAUUAAGGCCAUUCAGAUGGCAACAUUUGGUGCAGUACUCCGUUCUGGGGCGCCCUUGGUACACAAGGUCCUUCGAUACAUGCCCAUCAAACGCGCUCAAGAAAUCUCCAAGGCAGACGAAGUUAUUUUUGAGCAUGGAUCUAUUGCCCUGAAGCAUAUGCGUGGCGAUGACGGUAACACCAUGAAUGUUUUUGGCCAAAUGAUUGAAGCCAGCGAUAAUUCAGAGAAGUCAUUGCUUACAGGCGAUGAUGUCAGGGAAGAAGCCAAGAAUUUCAUCGUCGCAGGGUCUGAUACUACCGCUGUGACGCUCACUUAUUUGAUAUGGGCAGUAUUGAAGAAUCCCGAGGUACAGCACAAAUUGGAAGAAGAGCUGGCGAAACUUGGCGAUGAACUGGAUCUGACAGAGCUCGAGACCGCUCCUAUUCUGAACAGUAUAAUCUUGGAGACCUUGCGGCUCUACAGCGCUGCACCGGGCUCUCUGCCGCGAGAUGUGCCCAGUCAAGGCAUGGUGGUAAGCGGAUAUCAUAUUCCCGCUGGCUUUGAAGUGAGCACGCAAGCCUACACGACUCAUCGCGAUCCCUCCGUCUGGCCGAACCCUCUCCAGUAA